CAGAGAUCGCCGCAGGACCAGCCCCUCCCUGCCCCAUCCCACAGGCUCACUGAUGAUGAUCGGGUCCUGAACCAUUCCAUGUAUAACCACCUCCAUGAAAAUUGUCUGAACGUAACUCAGCUCCUGGUCAACUUUGGGCUGAGCGAUACGCGCGGGAUUACGCCGAAACAGUUCACCUACAUCUGCCCAGCCUUACUCUAUCAGAUAGACAGCCGGCUCUGUAUCCAGCACCAUGACUCACUGCAGGCCCAGCCGCGAGAGAUUACACAGAUGUCGGUCUGGCUCAGUGGGUUCAUCGCCAUUACCCUGAUCAGCUUGACAUCGCUGUUGGCCGUGGCCAUCAUUCCAUUGCUCAGUCGUUCCUUUUCCAAGAUCCUGCUCCGGUUCCUGGUCACUCUAGCCAUUGGUACGCUGUCUGCAGAUGCCCUGCUCCACCUCAUCCCUCAUAGCAGGCAGCUACAGCGGCAGGAGGAGCAUUCCGAGGCAGCAGAGAAGGACUCUAUCUGGAAGGGGUUGUCCGUGCUCGGAGGGAUCUACCUCCUCUUCCUCAUCGAGACCCUCCUGGGCCUGUUCAGGAACUGCAGAGUAGGGAAGGCAGGGCGCGGAAGGGGCCCCAACAAGGACAAAGGCCGAGGCGGUAAGGUUUGGGCGAACAAGGGCCAUGAGACAGAACUCCAGCGGCUGGCGCCAGGUGUAGCUCCUGGCAACAGUGCUCACCCGGAAGAUGACAAAGACGCCUCCCUCAGUGUCCAUGUGACUCCUGACUCACUGGAGCAGAACAGGGGGGAUGCGCCUCCAGGUCACUCCCACACUCAGACAACCACCGGUAGGACCACUCGUGUCCAGGAGGGACAGCACCCCAGGCACAGCAUGGAGCAAGAGACCCAUGGUCAUAGCCAUGGGCGUUCCCACAGGCCGGCAAACAUGAGGAAUGCUGGAAUAGCCACGAUCGCCUGGAUGGUCAUUGUUGGUGAUGGCGCCCACAACUUCACAGACGGCCUGGCCAUCGGAGCUGCGUUUUCCACAGGGAUUUCAGGAGGUUUAAGCACUGCCAUCGCUGUGUUUUGUCAUGAGCUUCCCCAUGAACUGGGUGAUUUUGCAGUGCUCCUGCGAGCGGGGCUCACACUCAGACAGGUUGUAGUAUUUAACUUGGUGUCAGCUCUCGUUAGUUACCUGGGUUUGGCUGUUGGAAUUGCUAUUGGCCAGCACACUGCCUACGUAACACCCUGGAUCUUUACUGGAACUGCAGGCAUCUUCCUCUAUGUGUCUCUGGUCGACAUGCUCCCGGAAAUGAUACAUGCGCAGACAGGGAGCGGGGAGCACAGUCCGCUCGGGAUGUUUCUCAGUCAGAAUCUCGGCUUCCUGCUCGGUGUUGGGACCAUGCUCUGCAUCGCCCUGUUUGAGAACAAAUUACAGCUAGACAUCAGCUUUUAGGAGGCGUCAAACUGGACAGAAGUGGGACAGAAAAAAGACCUCGGGCCAUCUCUCACAAAGUGGGAUCUUCCUAUUCUCAAACACCUUGAGGUUCCUUCCCAGCGACUCGGCCGCCUCCUGCGGUCCCAGUGGGGUUGGCACGUCCUGCCUUUCUCAAAAUCCUGCCGAGCGCCUGGACAUCGGAAAUGUGCUGCCUUCAGAUGCCAGGAGACCACAUUGAACUGUCUUCCUUUCAGUCUCUGCACCUACAGACUUUCCUACGUGUUCCCUGGCCUCUAUAAAGUGUAGCCAUGUUUACUUGGGACUUUCACAUCUCUGGCCAGGAUCCCAUACGCAUGAGCAAGGAUGUGGCUGGGUGGAGUUAGUGUAUCAUUCGGAGGAAUUAACCCAACACAGCAUGUCAUCCACACCAGAUAAUCCUUUACCAUUAGCUGCAGACAGUUUUAUUCAACACUGUAACACACCGAUACAUCCCACAACACUCACUGUAACACACCGAUACAUCCCACAACACUCGCUGUAACACACUGAUACACCCCGCACCCCUCACUGUAACACACCGAUACACCCCACACCCCUCACUGUAACACACCGAUACACACCACACCCCUCAGUGUAACACACCGAUACACCCCACACCCCUCACUGUAACACACCGAUAUACUCCACACCCCUCACUGUAACACACCGAUACACCCCACACCCCUCACUGUAACACACCGAUACACCCCACACCCCUCACUGUAACACACCGAUAUACCCCUCACUGUAACGCACCGUUACACCCCACACCCCUCACUGUAACACACCGAUACAUCCCACAACACUCGCUGUAACACACCGAUACACCCCGCACCCCUCACUGUAACACACCGAUAUACCCUUCACCCCUCACUGUAACACACCGAUAUACCCCGCACCCCUCACUGUAACACACCGAUAUACCCUUCACCCCUCACUGUAACACACCGAUAUACCCCGCACCCCUCACUGUAACACACCGAUAUACCCUUCACCCCUCACUGUAACACACCGAUAUACCCUUCACCCCUCACUGUAACACACCGAUAUACCCCACACCCCUCACUGUAACACACCGAUAUACCCCACACCCCUCACUGUAACACACCGAUAUACCCCGCACCCCUCACUGUAACACACCGAUAUACCCCGCACCCCUCACUGUAACACACCGAUACACCCCACACCCCUCACUGUAAUACACCGAUAGACCCCACACCCUUCACUGUAACACACCGAUACACCCCACACCCCUCACUGUAACACACCGAUACACC